UGAGAAGGAUUUGAACUUGCAACCGAGGCAGAGUGGAGGAGACUCCUAGCUGAUGUCCGAGCAGACUGAGCUCUGAAGAGAGAGGAAAAUAGAGGCUAUAACAGCUGGGGCCAAAACAUCUGUGCACUAAUCUACUCUUCUGGACCUGGUUCUGGGACUGGAACCCGGGCUCUUUGGAAACUAGAUCGAAUAGUUACUUGAUGGAUAUCAGGACCCAAGGUUUCGCAGAGAUGUUGCAUCUCAGGCACCUGCUCUGGCUGGUGUUUCUCUGCUGUGCGUUCGCUGAACAAGAUCCAUCAUGGAGGAUGAAGGUAGAGAAGGCUGCCCCUGCUAGUGGCUCUCUGGCUGGCAGGGUGGUGCUACCAUGCCACUUCUCCAUCACCCCCACCACCCACACCCCUAGCACACAGGGCCCAGAGGACCAGCUGAGGAUCAAGUGGACAAAGCUGGAGGAAGACGGGGAGCGUGUGGUGCUGGUGGCCCAGGGAGGAGUGAUCAAGGUGGAGCAGGAGUACAAGGGCAGGGUGUCGGUGCCCAACCACCCCCAGGCAUCAGGCGACGCCUCGCUGAUCGUUGCCCGCCUGAGGGCUAGCGAUGCUGGGCUGUACCGCUGCGAGGUCAUGCAUGACAUGGAGGACACCCAGGAUACUGUUCAUCUCAAUGUCAGCGGUGUGGUGUUCCACUACAGGUCUGCUUCCAGCCGCUAUACCUUUUCCUUCCCUGGGGCCGUUGACGCGUGUCGCGCGGCCGGGGCAACCAUCGCUACGGGCGAACAGCUGACUGCCGCCUUCGAGGACGGACUGGACCAGUGUGACGCCGGCUGGAUAGCCGACCAGACAGUCAGAUACCCAAUCACGAAGCCCCGUCCUGGUUGCAUGGGCGAUAUGAUGCACAGGCCUGGGAUCAGGACGUAUGGGCUCAGAGACCCUAAAGAGACCUACGACGUCUACUGUUACGCAGACAAACUACACGGUGAGGUGUUCUAUGCUCCUAUCCGUUACAAGCUGACCUUUCGCCAGGCUAAGCGUGCGUGCGAGACGCAGGGGGCGGUGCUCGCCUCCCCUGGCAACCUGUUUGCCGCGUGGCGUGGAGGCCUGGAUCGCUGUGACUACGGCUGGCUGUCAGACGGGAGCGCCCGCUACCCCAUCUCCGUCCCCAGGCCCCAGUGUGGAGGAGGGCUGCUUGGGGUCAGGACUCUGUACCGAUUCCCCGACCAGACUGGCUUCCCCAAACAUAUUGACAGACAUGGAGCGUUCUGCUUCAUGGGUAAGGAACCAGAGGUCCCCCCUCCUGGACCUGUGACGACCACGGAUGCUCGCAGGACAGACACGGCUACAGACGAACCUCACACUACCUACCACACAAAACUUACAGGCACAACUCCGGCAGACAGAACUGACCGCACAGCUGUAGACAAACCUCACCACGCAGACAGACCACACCAAACAACUGGCCAAGACAGAAGUCAGCAUACAGGUGGACCACAUGAUACAGCUUAUACAGGCACAGUCCGACAUUCCACUACUUCUGACGAAACACACGCCGCCAAAGACGAGUAUCCCACCACUGACCACAUGACGACAGACAAAGACAGAACUACCCAGAUAGGAGACAGAACGACAGACCAAAAGACAGACUUCUCUGUUGGUACCACUCAGUUCCCUGAGUACGAUUUCCCAGACCUAACCAAGGUAGAGUCAUUGCCCUCCAUGGGGGAUCCCAUGCUCCCCCUGCAGCUGCCCCCUCUCCCCACCAUCCGCUCCCAGCCUACCCACCCCCAACUAGACAUCAACCAGGGCGGAGACAAGGAAGAGGGGGAGGUUCAGACAGGCUCAGGCAGGGGGGAGAGCAGUGGGAGUGGGGAGGGGAGCAGUAUUGAUGGGGAGAGUGAGGGGGAGGACCGGGGAGUGAUGACUCCCACACAGGGCUUCACGGCAGACACAGGACUGGGGUCGGACCCCUCGCGCCCAGGACAACCAGGGUACCCAGGACAUCCAAAGGGGUAUCCAGGGUCGGUCACCCCAGAGCAUGGCCACUCAGGUGGGGACAAAGUGACAGGACAGCAGCCUGCUGUGGUCUACAAGGAGGAGGAGGGCAAGAGCUCUAGAACAACAACCCACAGCCAACCAGGAGCCACGGAAUCAUACGGCAUGGACAAAUCAGUGGCUAUCCAGAAGGAGGCCUCGCCCACCAAACCACCAAUCCACCUCAUCCUCGUCAACGUGCACGACCGGAACCAAUCAGUGGACCACAUCCUGCAGAUUCUGGGACACCGUUUAGGGGGUAAUGGAGAUUUCCAGUCCCCUCUCAUCCCAGCCUUCCCAGUUGCCCAGAGUGAGGCCAUUCGCGGCAGUGAGGACUCUGACGGCAUAUAUCCCAUCCCUUUUCCCCCAAUGCUCAGCUUCAUCAACGGGAAACACCAGCAGGAGGCUAGAGGAGACCAGUUUGAGAUGGCCACACCAGUCUAUGGUGAAAAGGGAGGGGAGAUGGAGCAAGGAGAGGAGAAGAGCCCCACUCCCUUUGACUAUGACUCCAUCCAUACUGGAGAGACCAGCGAGUCUACUGCUACAGACACAGACAGAGAUACAAACAGACACACAGCUAAAGACACGGACAGAGGCACAGGCAGAGACAGGACAGGAAAGACGGAGAGCUCCAAAGGAACAACCCCUAUUUCCCAACACACAUCCCCAGCCUCAUCCCCUGGUUCCCCCUAUACUUCCCCAGAUGGCAUCUCCCCUGAUGAGGACAUGGAAGGGUCAGGCGGCCGUACCCAGGAGGGCUCAGCAGAAGACACCCUACCCACCCCCGCCUCAGACAGCCAAUCAGGCGUGGUCACAGACGAGACGGAGAUUGGAGGGGCGGAGAGUGUCACACACCCCCCGUCUCAUACACACUCUGCUCACACUAAGGACACAAACACUAUUGAUACUUACACCAAGGACACACGCACUCCAUCACACGCACACUCUACUCACACUAAGGACACAAACACUAUUGAUACUUACACCAAGGACACACACGCUACAUCACAGACAGAGGCGGGGGACUUCGAGGGGUCUUCAUCGGCAGAAGAGGAAGGCUCGGCACAGGAGGUGUACCAACCUGAAGACCCCAGAUACACUAGCCCCGGCAGUUCUGGAGCCAUCGAAGCUCCCCCGGUGAGGCCUGGGGUGGAGGGACAGGUGACUGUUACACCCAAACCAGGAACCAGACCAGAAGCCAAACCAGGAACCAUGCCAACCCAGGCAGGAGUGACUGUAGGAGACCACACUGGAAAUCACACAGACUCUUCUCCACAGCACAGAGACCACUCCCGCCAACCUGCCACACAGGAGAAAGAUCACUCCACAGACACUAAGGAUCGAUCCAAGUACCCCCCUACACAAACCACCCAGCGUCCAACACACGAUCGGGAUCCCACCAAGAACCAAACCACAUACCAUAGAGAUCACUCCACCCACACUAAGGACCAAACCAAACAACCCUCUCACCCUAGAUUCCCCCCCACCCACCAUAAAGAACAAACCAGUCACUCUACCACAGAUCAGAAGACCCCACAGCACCUGAACCAAACACACACACCCCCUGCACACCCCUCCACUCCACCUCCCUCCCGCACCAUCCCCGACUGGGCCCUGACCUCCCAGACCCCCCUGCCCGAGGGGGAGGAGUUUGUGGAUUAUGACCGGGCGAUUGGUCCUCCUCUGCUGGAGGCCGGCCCCCAUGCUCCUGAAGAACCUCAGUCCACAUACCAGCCUGAAACAGGAACUGACAACUAUAUCGUGGACCAGACUGUCGAUGUCAGAGGACUGCCGCAGUGCACAGUGAAUGUGUGUUUGAACAAAGCAUCCUGCUACCAGAGAGGCAGAGCCAGCAUCUGUGUGUGUCCACCUGGAUACACUGGACAGCGCUGCGAGACAGAUGUUGAUGAGUGCCAGUCCAACCCAUGUCGUAAUGGAGCCACCUGUAUGGACGGAGUCAACUCCUUCACCUGUGUGUGUCUACCCAGCUACACAGGACAGCUCUGUGAACAAGGAUCCAGACCAGGAACCAGACCAGGAACCAGACCAGGAACCAUGCCAACCCAGGCAGGAGUGACUGUAGGAGACCACGCUGGACAUCACACAGACUCUUCUCCACAGCACAGAGACCACUCCCGCCAACCUGCCACACAGGAGAAAGAUCACUCCACAGACACUAAGGAUCGAUCCAAGUACCCCCCUACACAAACCACUCAACGUCCAACACACGAUCGGGAUCCCACCAAGAACCAAACCACAUACCAUAGAGAUCACUCCACCCACACUAAGGACCAAACCAAACAACCCUCUCACCCUAGAUUCCCCCCCACCCACCAUAAGGAACAAACCAGUCACUCUACCACAGAUCAGAAGACCCCACAGCACCUGAACCAAACACACACACCCCCUGCACACCCCUCCACUCCACCUCCCUCCCGCCGCAUCCCCGACUGGGCCCUGACCUCCCAGACCCCCCUGCCCGAGGGGGAGGAGUUUGUGGAUUAUGACCAGGCGAUUGGUCCUCCUCUGCUGGAGGCCGGCCCCCAUGCUCCUGAAGAACCUCAGUCCACAUACCAGCCUGAAACAGGAACUGACUACUAUAUCGUGGACCAGAAUGUCGAUGUCAGAGGACUGCCGCAGUGCACAGUGAAUGUGUGUUUGAACAAAGCAUCCUGCUACCAGAGAGGCAGAGCCAGCAUCUGUGUGUGUCCACCUGGAUACACUGGACAGCGCUGCGAGACAGAUGUUGAUGAGUGCCAGUCCAACCCAUGUCGUAAUGGAGCCACCUGUAUGGACGGAGUCAACUCCUUCACCUGUGUGUGUCUACCCAGCUACACAGGACAGCUCUGUGAACAAGGAUCCAGACCAGGUGCCAGACCAGGAACCAUGCCAACCCAGGCAGGAGUGACUGUAGGAGACCACACUGGACAUCACACAGACUCUUCUCCACAGCACAGAGACCACUCCCGCCAACCUGCCACACAGGAGAAAGAUCACUCCACAGACACUAAGGAUCGAUCCAAGUACCCCCCUACACAAACCACCCAGCGUCCAACACACGAUCGGGAUCCCACCAAGAACCAAACCACAUACCAUAGAGAUCACUCCACCCACACUAAGGACCAAACCAAACAACCCUCUCACCCUAGAUUCCCCCCCACCCACCAUAAAGAACAAACCAGUCACUCUACCACAGAUCAGAAGACCCCACAGCACCUGAACCAAACACACACACCCCCUGCACACCCCUCCACUCCACCUCCCUCCCGCACCAUCCCCGACUGGGCCCUGACCUCCCAGACCCCCCUGCCUGAGGGGGAGGAGUUUGUGGAUUAUGACCGUGCAAUUGGUCCUCCUCUGCUGGAGGCCGGCCCCCAUGCUCCUGAAGAACCUCAGUCCACGUACCAGCCUGAAACAGGAACUGAGUACUAUAUCGUGGACCAGACUGUCGAUGUCAGAGGACUGCAGCAGUGCACAGUGAAUGUGUGUUUGAACAAAGCAUCCUGCUACCAGAGAGGCAGAGCCAGCAUCUGUGUGUGUCCACCUGGAUACACUGGACAGCGCUGCGAGACAGGAUCCAGACCAGGUGCCAGACCAGGAACCAUGCCAACCCAGGCAGGAGUGACUGUAGGAGACCACGCUGGACAUCACACAGACUCUUCUCCACAGCACAGAGACCACUCCCGCCAACCUGCCACACAGGAGAAAGAUCACUCCACAGACACUACGGAUCGAUCCAAGUACCCCCCUACACAAACCACCCAGCGUCCAACACACGAUAGGGAUCCCACCAAGAACCAAACCACAUACCAUAGAGAUCACUCCACCCACACUAAGGACCAAACCAAACAACCCUCUCACCCUAGAUUCCCCCCCACCCACCAUAAAGAACAAACCAGUCACUCUACCACAGAUCAGAAGACCCCACAGCACCUGAACCAAACACACCCACCCCCUGCACACCCCUCCACUCCACCUCCCUCCCGCACCAUCCCCGACUGGGCCCUGACCUCCCAGACCCCCCUGCCCGAGGGGGAGGAGUUUGUGGAUUAUGACCAGGCGAUUGGUCCUCCUCUGCUAGAGGCCGGCCCCCAUGCUCCUGAAGAACCUCAGUCCACAUACCAGCCUGAAACAGGAACUGACUACUAUAUCGUGGACCAGACUGUCGAUGUCAGAGGACUGCCGCAGUGCACAGUGAAUGUGUGUUUGAACAAAGCAUCCUGCUACCAGAGAGGCAGAGCCAGCAUCUGUGUGUGUCCACCUGGAUACACUGGACAGCGCUGCGAGACAGAUGUUGAUGAGUGCCAGUCCAACCCAUGUCGUAAUGGAGCCACCUGUAUGGACGGAGUCAACUCCUUCACCUGUGUGUGUCUACCCAGCUACACAGGACAGCUCUGUGAACAAGACACAGAGGUGUGUGAAUAUGGCUGGCAGAAGUUCCAGAGCCAUUGUUAUAAGCACAUCACCCACCGUCGCACCUGGGAUGCUGCCGAGAGGGAGUGUCGUCUCCAAGGAGCCCACCUCGUCAGUGUCCUGUCACAGGAGGAGCAGAUGUAUGUCAACGGUCUGGGCCAUGACUACCAGUGGAUCGGUCUAAACGACAAGAUGUUUGAGAGAGACUUCCGCUGGACUGACGGCAGCAUCAUGCAAUACGAGCACUGGCGUCCCAACCAGCCAGACAGUUUCUUCCAGUCUGGAGAGGACUGUGUGGUGAUAAUCUGGCACGAGGGUGGACAGUGGAAUGACGUACCCUGCAACUACCACCUCACCUUCACCUGCAAGAAGGGCACAGUCUCUUGCAGCCAGCCCCCAGUAGUGAAGGAUGCUCGUGUGUUUGGUUCUAUGAAGCCUCGUUAUGAGAUCAACACUCUGAUUCGUUACCACUGUAAAAACGGCUUCAUACAGAGAUACCCCCCCACCAUCCGCUGCCGUGACAACGGCCAAUGGGACAGACCCAAGAUCACCUGCAUGAGCCCCGCUACCUACCAGAAGUCUUUCGCUUCUAGGAAACACACGGAUAAUCACAAUCAUAACCAGAAUCAGUACAAUCACAAUAAUCACAACCAGUUCAACUAUCAAAACCAACAAUACAGCAACCAAAACAAUCAAGACCAACGGAAGACCUCCAACCGAAAGCAAAAACAGCCGAGCGAGAGGAGACAGCAACACUAAUCUGAUCUCUGGUCAGUCCUUAAAAGCACAGAUACGGUUGCAAAAUUCCAGGAACUUUCCCCAAAUUUCUGGAUUUCUGGAAAAUGUGGGAAUUUCUGGAAAAUGUGCGAAUUUCUGAGAAAAUAUACAGUUAUUCUGCAUCCCUAAUUCCAGAGCAACUCAGAUCAGAUCACAUCCAGCGGGCUAGCUAGAACCCAUAGAUAUACAUAUACAUAUAUAUAUAUAUAUAUAUAUAUAUAUAUAUAUAUAUAUAUAUGUAUAUGUAUGUACAUUUGUAUGUAAAUUUAUCUGGAUAGCGGCAUGGGGGUAUUUCACAAGGUUUAGUCAUAAUCAGCAAGCUAACUCUGAUAAACUCUGAUAAAACACUUUUCUAGUUUAUUAACAGGUGUUAUGAACAUCGUUACAUAGAGGAUUGAGUCCCUUUCAAAUUCAACAAGGACAAAUGUAAGUUUCAGUAUAUUUAUUUAAGUUAGCUGGCUAACUCGAUUUUGAUCUUGCUUAGUGAAAUCCACCCCCAGAUCACGUCUAAUUCCUCCUACAACCGUGACACACAGUGCCUUAAUGGUUAACACAGUGUCCAGUGUCCAUCUCUAGAACUGGAGAAUUUGACCUCUCCUGCUCUAGAGAUGGACACAUCUCUAUCCAGCGCCUUCUGAAACGUUUCCCCUUUACCCUGUUUCUUUACCCCAUAGAAACAAUCCACUAAAAAGAACUUCGGUCUUCGGUCUGUCACUUCAUUUGAAAGUCACUAUGAAGUGAAAUCUGUCUCAUUAAUGACUGUUACCAUACGGUGCGUACAGUAGAACUCACAUCAGGAGAGAGAUCAGUCAGUUCCUUAUAGGAGAGAGGACGUGACGAGAGGUCCCGUAUCAGACGGCGUCUGUGAUAGGUCACCUCCGGCAGUGGCUCUCCGGCACAUACAAACGCAUCCGCGAUAUCUUCUUCUUAAAGGCAAUGGCUUUAAAAGGGAAUGGGCUUCUUACGCUUAACCAAUUUUGUUAUUGUUAUGUAUGCAAUGGUAGAGAGAAGAGAGAGUGUAAUGAAUGUCAGGUCUGUAGGUGGGAAAAGUUUUGUGUAAGAAGCUGUAGCCGUUUAAUUUAUUGCAUAUGUUACACCUAUACACGGCCUGUGAUACUGCUCAAGGUCAUUAGAACUGAAGUGGCUAUUAUAAGGGUGACUUAUUUGGAAAUCUGCCUUGCAUAGAAAGGACAUUGUCUUACAUUAUGUUGCCUUCACAUAUUCUGUUUAGUAAAGUUCUACCAUCCAGAUAUCUGAGCUGUGAUGGCGCUGUUCAGGGGGAUGACUUGUACCUGCGAGUCACCACAAACUGCUCUCAACAGAACCGACGUUGAGAAACAUUCAGAGGCACUUGAACUAUGGCCAUUUAUUCAGAAAUGCCACACAUAAUGAUUCUCCCCUGAGGACAGAAAGGACUGGGUGAAGAAACAGCAUUGAAAGUUGGUAGCCUAGUGUCUCUGUUCUUCGUUAGGAUUCUGGUACAUGUGUCUUCUUGGUUUUCUGCUUCCAUCCAUUCUGUUUGCUCUCCAUGUAUGUGUUUUAUCAUAGUGUUUUAUCAUCCAAAUAUGUGUUUCUACCCCAGAGAGCGUGGGGUAUGCUGUAUCGGGGGGAGGCAGAGCGAAUGUGAAUACUUUAUCCGUUUUUAUGUUCUUGUACCUGUUGUGUAUGUCACCGAAAACCCACUAAUACUGUACCUAUACACCAUCCUGUGCUCCAUCUCACCUUGCGCUGACUGUGCAAUAAAAAUAAACACGAUAACAGAUUUUAUCCAUUGUGUAUCAAUAUUCUCACACUUCGUAUCUCAGUGCAGAAGAUUAUUCAAUAAAUCCACUUGAGUUUA